CUUCGAACUCAUCACUUCCAUUGGUAUUGUCGAACCAUUACAUUGCAGGGUGACACGCACAAUUCCCUGUUGUCUUGUCUCUCGAACUCUGAAAGCUUGAGAAAAAAGACCAAAAGGAAGCAAUGUUAAGAGCAUCUCACAUCCCACCAGUAGCAACACCAGCACUCUCUGCUCUCAAAAUCUCUCUGAUUCCCGCCCUCUCACUCUCUUCUUCACUUCCUCACCUUUACAAACUCUCUACAUUUGCUCCACUUCAUAAUUUCCUUCCGAAAACAGCGCCACCCAAUCCAUCUCCUAUCUCCUUCAAAAGGUUCUUACUAAUGUUGGGUCACCACCCUUGUCCCAAAGCUUCGUUUAGUUCUGGGAGCGGCACUGGAGGUGGAAGAGAGUUAUUGGUGCAGCACUUGCUUGUUAAAGAAGAUGACCUCAAGCUUUUGUUGGAGCUUCAACAGAGAAUUUCAGGAGGAGGAGAGGAUUUGAGUGACCUUGCAGUGGAAUACUCAUUAUGUCCAUCAAAAGAAGAAGGGGGGAUGCUUGGCUGGGUUAGAAAAGGGCAAAUGGUACCAGAAUUUGAGGAAGCUGCUUUUAGUGCCCCUUUGAACAAAGUUGUAAGGUGUAAAACUAAAUUUGGGUGGCAUUUGUUGCAAGUUAUUUCUGAGAGGGAAGAAUCUCUACUUGGGGAAAUUCAAGCAGAUGAGCUCCAUGUAAAAAUCCAAGAUCCUACAUUUGCCAAAGAAGCUCAAUUGAUUGAUGUUCGAGAACCUGAUGAAGUAAAAAUCUGGUUGAGGGGAAGGGAGGCAGCUCUCACCAUAUCUCCUUGUUGGGUGCAUGACAAUAUGUGUGUUCUAAGAUUUUUUGGGCCAAAGCUUCAUUGCCAGGUUUUGAAGUACUUCCCCUCCGCCAGUUUGGAAGCUGGGGACCAGAAGUUACAACCAAGUUUGAUCCUGAAAAGGAUACUUAUGUUAUGUGUCACCGUGGGAUGCGGUCACUACAGGUUGCUAAGUGGUUGCAGUCUCAGGGUUUCAAGAGAGUAUUUAAUGUGUCCGGGGGCAUACAUGCAUACGCUGUCAGGGUCGAUCCAUCAAUUCCUACGUACUGACAAGCCCAUUUUUGUUAAUUGAGUUACCUUGCUUCAGUUGUUGCUCUUCUUGAAUCGAUACUGUUGUGAUGUUGUAUGCAACAGCAAUUGGGGUUUUUUGAGAAAGAACAUGAGAUUAAAAAGGUUCUCUAUAGAAAAUUUUCUUACGAGUUCUGCAGUUA